GAGCGGAUAUUGCCCUCAACAUCCGGUAGGUGAGGUCACACACGUAAACACAUGCCGUACGAAUCAUUUUACUGUGUUACAUUUUGGUGGGAAGAAGUAUAGAGCUUUAUACACAUUCACGCAAUGAAAGUUAAAGUCCUCUCCAGGAAUCCGGACGACUAUGUCCGUGAGACGAAGUUGGAUAUCCAGCGUGUACCACGAAAUUACGACCCGUCCCUCCAUCCGUUCGAGGUGCCAAGAGAAUACACCCGUGCACUGAAUGCCACCAAGUUGGAGCGCGUGUUCGCCAAGCCGUUCCUGGCUUCUCUGGACGGCCACAGGGAUGGGGUGAACUGCAUGGCCAAGCACCCCAAGAGCCUCUCCACAAUGCUGUCCGGCUCCUGCGAUGGAGAGCUGAAGGUGUGGAAUCUAACCAAACGUGAGUGUGUUCGUACACUCCAGGCCCAUGAAGGCUUUGUCAGGGGGAUGGUCGUCCGCUUCUGUGGCACCUCCUUCUUUACGGUUGGUGAUGACAAGACUAUCAAACAGUGGAAGAUGGAGACUCCUGGCUACGGAGAGGAAGAGGAACCUCUCAAUACUAUUCUUGGGAAGUCUGUGUUCACCAGCAUCGACCACCACCAGAAGGAGGGUGUGUUUGUGACGUGUGGCCAGCAGGUGGACAUCUGGGAUGAGCAACGCAGCAGCCCCAUCCGCUCCUUCUCCUGGGGUGUGGACAGUUUCAGCUGCGUCCGCUUCAACCCUGUAGAGACUGAACUUCUAGCAAGUUGUGCCUCUGACAGAAGUAUUGUGCUGUAUGACAUGAGGGAAGCUACACCUCUUAAAAAGGUCAUCAUGAAUAUGAGGAGCAACACUUUGUGCUGGAAUCCCAUGGAAGCUUAUAACUUCACCUGCUCUAAUGAAGAUUACAAUCUGUAUACAUAUGAUAUGAGGUACCUGGACAAGCCUUUCACCGUCCACAUGGACCAUGUCUCAGCCGUGCUGGAUGUAGACUACUCUCCAACUGGUAAGGAGUUUGUCUCGGCCAGCUUUGACAAGACCAUCCGCAUCUUCCCCAAAGACAGUGGCCACAGCAGGGAGGUGUACCACACCAAGCGCAUGCAGCACGUCAUCUCCAUAAAGUGGUCGUCAGACAACAAGUACAUCCUGAGUGCUUCAGAUGAGAUGAACAUCAGACUGUGGAAGGCCAAUGCUGCUGAGAAGUUGGGAUUGGUGAGACACACAGUCCUCUUCCUCUCCUUUAGAAGUAGUGUACGCACGUCCUGUAACCUGCAGGUGUCGGGUAUCAAAAGUCAUGUCAUGAAAGAAAGCUGGAUCCCAGAACAAUGUUGAAUGCUUACCAUUAACCGGUAGGCCUUAGGUUGGAGUCAUUAAAACUCAUUUUUUCAACCACUCCACAAAUUUCUUGUUAACAAACUAUAGUUUUGGCAAGUCAGGUAGGACAUCUACUUUAUGCAUGACACAAGUAAUUUUUCCAGCAAUUGUUUACAGACAGAUUAAUUCACUGUAUCACAAUUCCAGUGGGUCAGAAAUGUACAUACACUAAGUUGACUGUGCCUUUAAACAGCUUGUAAAAUUCCAGAAGAUGAUGUCAUGGCUUUAGAAGCUUCUGAUAGGCUAAUUGACAUAAUUUGAGUCAAUUGGAGGUGUACCUGUGGAUGUAUUUCAAGGCCUACCUUCAAACUCAGUGCCUCUUCGCUUGACAUCAUGGGGAAAUCAAAAGAAAUCAGCAAGACCCCAGAAGAAAAAUUGUAGACCUCCACAAGUCUGGUUCAUCCUUGUAAGAAAUAUCCAAACGCCUGAAGGUACCACGUUCAUUUGUACAAACAAUAGUACGCAAGUAUAAACACCAUGGGACCACGCAGCCGCCAUACCGCUCAGGAAGGAGACGCGUUCUGUCUCCUAGAGAUGAACGUACUUUGGUGCAAAAAGUGCAAAUCAAUCCCAGAACAACAGCAAAGGACCUUGUGAAGAUGCUGGAGGAAACAGGUACAAAAGUAUCUAUAUCCACAUUAAAACGAGUCCUAUAUCGACAUAACCUGAAAUGCCGCUCAGCAAGAAAGAAGCCACUGCUCCAAAACCCACCAUCAAAAAGCCAGACUACGUUUUGCAAGUGCACUUGGGGACAAAGAUCGUACUUUUUGGAGAAAUGUCCUCUGGUCUGAUGAAACAAGGGGUAGGAAGGUAUGAGGUAGGAAAAUUAUGUGGAUUCAUUGAAGCAACAUCUCAAGACAUCAGUCAGGAAGUUAAAGCUUGGUUGCAAAUUGGUCUUCCAAAUGGACAAUGACCCCAAGCAUACUUCCAAAGAUGUGGCAAAAUGGCAUAAGGACAACCAAGUCAAGGUAUUGGAGUGGCCAUCACAAAGCCCUGACCUCAAUCCUAUAGACAAUUUGUGGGCAGAACUGAAAAAGCGUGUGUGAGCAAGGAGGCCUACAAACCUGACUCAGGUACACCAGCUCUGUCAGGAGGAAUGGGCCAACAUUCACCCAACUUAUUGUGGGAAGCUUGUGGAAGGCUACCCAGAACGUUUGACCCAAGUUAAACAAUUUUAAAGGCAAUGCUACCAAAUACUAAUUGAGUGUAUAUAAUGGUCUGAACCCACUGGGAACGUGAUGAAAUAAAUAAAUAAUUAUCUCUGCUAUUAUUCUGACAUUUCACAUUCUUAAAAUAAAGUGGUGAUCCUAACUGAUCUAAGACAGGGGAUUUUUACUAGGAUUGAAUGUCUGGGCUUGUGGAAAAACUGAGUUUAAAUGGAUUUGGCGAAGGUGUAUGUAAACUUCUGACUUCAACUGUAUUUGCUAAUAUUCUGAUGCAUUUGUUGGAGCUGUGAUUUUGACCUUCUGUUUUGUGAGUUUGCUGGAUUCCUCAACCUGCCAUGGCCAGAUGCCCACCAUGGUACGCUCAGCAGGGUGAAAGAUAGGGAGGCAAGGCUGCCAGCAGCAACAGCAGUGGCACUGCCAAGGGCUCUGAUGGAUGCUGACUGACAUGGAACAGAAUCACUUUCAAUAAGUACAAUGGACCAAUAGGGACAGCAGAGCAGGGUUAGUGACAGACUGGAGCUAUUUGGAACUCUUGAUUACCAAUCGACAAUUUCUGACCAGUCAGUCAGUGUGGGCAAUGUGGCAUUAUAGAGUGGAUUUAAAGGGAUGGUUCACUGUAAAUGUAUUUAUGGAAAAUAGGCACUGCAACUUUGAUAGACUUGUAUUACUUCGAGGUGUUACAGCAGGCUGACGUUAGCAUCGUUCAUCCCAAAACAUUAGAAUUACAUUCUGCCCACUUUGGCAUUAUAUCUGUUAUGUUUUCUUCAACCUCUAAUAACUCUCCGUAUGUUCAAGACAUUAUUUACACAUUACCUGAAAUAUAAGGUUCUGUUUAGCGUACCUUAAACAGAUUCUUACACAUAGUCUAGACUAACUCCUUUCUCAUCUGAUGCCAAAACCAGCAUUUAGCCUACAAGGAUGAAUUGCAAGGGAGAUGAAUGGAUGUUUUUCGGUGCCAUCUCCAAUAUCCACCCCCCUUCUACUUCACUCUUCCUUAUUCCCUUAAUGCAGCUUAACACGGGAGAAUUGGGCAACUUUUGGCACUUGUUUUACUGUAAGUGUAUAAGAGGAUAUUUAUUCUGUAGCUUUGCACUUAAACAGAUCAGACGAGCCCAGCUGCUAUCAGCAGUUUGAAUAGGCCCAAUCACUUAAAGAGAGCGGCCACUCUGGAAAUAAUGAAGCAUUAACAAUCAAGUUGGACUGGAAGGGUCUUUAAUUAAAAAGAAAUGCUGAAUCAAGGCUGACUGUCAGAUCUCAGGAAGAGUGGAAGUCUUCAGCCUGUUUUUGUUGCAAUAGCAGUGUCUCUCUCUCUCUCUCUCUCUCUCUCUCUCUGGUUUUUGACUUUUGAUGCCUUUCUAUGAACUGACAUUUGACCUCAUUGUGUGAACUAUACAGGUGGAAGGUGAAAGGUCAUUUAGUUUUUGUCCCGUGAUCCUAUUUUUCAUGUUAUUUGGAGUAACAAUGACCAUAUCAUUGCCUUUGCCAUAUUGUAAAUUCACACCAAAAUUACCGUCCGUAUCACACAUUCUCAUGACAGUCAUGAGAAGUAUGACCUAUAUAUCCUAUACAUACAGUGAGCUCCAAAAGUAUUGGGCAGUGACACAUUUUUUGUUUUGGCUUUGUACGCAAGCGCUUUUCAAUCCAUAUCGGGUGAACCGUUUAGAAAUGACAGCACUUUUUGUACAUCGUCUCCCCAUUUUACGGGAACCGACGGUAUUGGUACAAAUUCACUUAUGUGUAUUAAAGUAGUGAAACAUUUCGUAUCUGGUCCCAUAUUCCUAGCACACAAUGACUACAUCAAGCUUGUGACUUGACAAACUUGUUGGAUGCUUUUGCUGUUAGUUUUGGCUGUGUUUCAGAUUUAUUUUGUGCCCAAUAGAAAUGAAUGGUAAAUAAGGUAUUAUGUCAUAUUGGAGUCACUUUUAUUGUAAAUAAGAAUAAAAUGUUUCUAAAUACUUCUACUUUAAUGUGGAUGUUACCAUGACCAAAACACACAGCUACCGUGACCAAAACACACAGCUACCGUGACCACACCACACCGCUACCGUGACCAAACCACACCGCUACCGUGACCAAACCACACCGCUACCGUGACCAAACCACACCGCUACCGUGACCAAACCACACCGCUACCGUGACCAAACCACACAGCUACCGUGACCAAACCACACCGCUACCGUGACCAAACCACACCGCUACCGUGACCAAACCACACCGCUACCGUGACCAAACCACACCGCUACCGUGACCAAACCACACCGUGACCAAACCACACCACUACCGUGACCAAAACACACAGCUACCGUGACCAAAUCAAACAGCAAAAGCAUCCCAACAAGUUUGUAGAGUCACAAGUUUAAUGUAAUCAUUGCGUGCUAGGAAUAUGGGACCAAAUACUAAACCUUUACUACUUUAAUACACAUAUAAGUGAAUUUGUCCAAAUCCCCUAAAAUGGGUGCUGUAAUUUCUAAACGGUUCACCCGAAAUGGAUAAAUAUACUCUCAAAUUAAGCUCACAGUCUGCACGUUAACCUCAGUCAUUGUAUCAUUUCAAAACCUGUGCUGGAGUACAGAGCCAAAACAGCACAUUAGUCACUGUCCCAAUACUUUUGGAGCUCACUAUCUCUAUGGAUACACAGCUACUUAAUACAUGAUUCCAUGUGUGUUAUUUCAUAGUUUUGACGUCUUCACUAUUAUUCUACAAGGUAGAAAAUAGUAAAAAAUAAAUGAAAAACCCUUGAAUGAGUAGGUGUCCAAACUUUUUACUGGUACUUUGUUUUUAGUCAAGCAGUAGUAAAUACAAUCUCUCUGGCCGUGUUUUCAGAGGGGCUCUGAGUGGCCACUCUUCCAGGGCUUUUAUUCUAAUUAUAAUCAAUUCAAUUAGUUGGAGAUUAGCUAAUAGCUGCUGAUGAUGAGGUACACUUCUUUGCUUAGACCAGGCCAACAGCCUGUUAAAUGUUAUUUAUGAAAACCUAAACAUUUAGAGUGAAAAAGGAGCAGAGCAACACUGACUCUGCAGAGUUCUCUAUGGCCUCAACGCUCUUUCAAUACCCAAUGAGUAGUAGGCUUAGGUGUUAAACAAAUCAAAAUAUAUUUCAGAUUCUUCAAAGUAGCCACCAUUUGCUUUGACAGCAGAAUGCUGUGGUAGCCAUGCUGGUUAAGUGUGCCUUGAAUUGUAAAUAAAUCACUGACAGUGUCACUAGCAAAGCACCAUCACACCACCUCUUCCAUGCUUCACGGUGGGAACCACACAUGCAGAGAUCACCCGUUCACCUAUUCUGCAUCUCACAAAGACAAGGCGGUUGGAACCAAAAAUCUCAAAUUUGGACUCAUCAGAGCAAAGGACAGAUUUCCACCGGUCAAAUGUCCAUUGCUUGUGUUUCUUGGCCCAAGCAAGUCUCUUCUUCUUAUUGGUGUCCUUUAGUAGUGGUUUCUUUGCAGCAAUUUGACCAUGACGGCCUGAUUCACGCAGUCUCCUCUGAAUAGUUGUUGUAUAAUUAUUCCAGGGUUUUAUCGUUGUCUUAGUGGACACGUUGUUUGCGGUGCUCACAACCUAUGCUACACUUGUGAGAAACAAGUUUUGGUUUAUUUCAUUCCAUUUACGAGUUUUGUCAAUUUAGUUAUUGUCUUGUUUGGAACGCUCCUGUCAAUAUUGAGUAAGGACGCGCACUUGAUUACUCAUUGAAGUUGGCCUGUAGGCUACCUGGCCUCCUCGCAAAUGUAGUUAUAUAAAUGAAUGUGCCCAUUUGGGGAUCUGAUAGUACUUCUGAUUGGCUUAACGCACCACCGCUAAUGUGCUGUGGAGCUUCUCUAUGUAAUAUUUUCUUUACCUCAAACAGCAAGCAAGCUAAGUCUGUUUUUACAGCCACUGAGAGCGACAAUAAUUCCUCAAUGUAUUUGAAAAAUCUUUUGGGCUCCCUGCCUUUCGAUGACCACUCGGCGUGAAAGGAAAAAAUGUCAUGCUCUUAUCUGGAGAAACGUCAUGAAAUAGGCCUACCUGAUUUAGUUCUUAUUGGCUAUUUCUACAUAGUUGGCAAUAGAAGUAACUUUUUAGGUUUAUAAUUGAUUUUUUAUUUCGAUUACAUUUUUAUGAACUAAAUGACAAAUGAUUUUGAGAUACAAAGACGUUAUUAUAAAUUAAAUGAAACUGUUCCACGAAAAUG